AUUCAGAAAGCAGUGCCUGGAGACUACAAAACGUAACAUGAUUUGAAUGGCAUUCCAUUUUAGGUCCUCCUCGUUCAGUCUCCAAACGGAUUUGAAUCCGACGCGUCCGUUUCCGUGUUCAAAGAAAAGGCGCGUUCCAAAAAGCCCCCAAAAGAUGGUCAAGCGAUUGAGUAUGUGUUGCACGAGUUAAGGCGUAAGAUAAGCAUGGAAUGCGGGGAAAAGGAGUAAUCCAAAGACAUAUCACAACAACACAUGGUCCUUUAGAUGGAUCAUUCUCCGAUCAAACCGCGGAUCGGCACGCCUUCCAGCUGAAUGAAAUGAGAGAUGAUCAAAAUAAUAAUCAUAUAAAAGCCCCUCUUCUCUUCCCUUUCCUCGAAUAUAUGCAUUGCAUUUCCCACUCUUACCCCCACCACCUCUUGUAGCAAUCACGUCCAGUAUGAAUACUCUCAUCGAUACUACUGUAUCAUCUUGGGAUGCAAUGACGUCCCAUCGUAGACGUUCAAAUCCAAUCAUGCAAGCAAAUGUUGGAAACGUAGCAAACGAGAUGGGAUCAUCCAAAGAAGCACAAGCAGCACAAGCAAAAGUUAUCAAACAAGAACGUGAAGCAUACGGUGUAAUGAUCAACGGUCAAACAUUAAGUGUGGCAGCAUUGGUAGCAGCAGCACGUUAUCGCGUCACACCUGCUUUGGAUGAUAGUCCAGAAGUACGUAAACGAAUCGAAGCAGCAGUAGAAACAUUGGCAAAACGUUUAGAAAGCGGUGAAAGUUUAUACGGUAUCAAUACAGGCUUUGGUGGUUCAGCAGAUUCAAGAACAGGUAACAUGCGUGCUUUACAAUUGGCCUUGUUGCAACAUCAACAAAUCGGUCUUUUACCUCUCCCUGCCAACUUUCAAACUACAACACCUUCUAGACCCGAUAGCAGCCUACCCCUUUCCACCCAUAUGCUCUCUCAACCUGAAGCAUGGGUGCGCGGUGCAAUGGUCGUCCGUUUGAACAGCUUGAUGAGAGGUCAUUCUGGUGUCCGAUUCGUGGUAUUGGAACGUAUGCAAAAGCUGCUCAAAGAAAAUAUCACUCCUAUGGUACCUUUGCGUGGUACAAUUUCUGCCAGUGGUGAUUUGAGUCCUCUGAGUUAUGUCGCAGGUACUCUUGCCGGUCAAUCUGGCAUUCAAACUUGGGUUGACACAAAAGAUGGCAGACGUGUUCCAAUGGCAGCCGAUCAAGCAUUAAAAUCAAAAUCCAUUCCAAAGACUGUCUUUGAGCCAAAAGAGGCUCUUGGUAUUUUAAACGGUACAGCUUUCAGUACUGCAACUGCUGCCUUGACGAUUCAUGAUGCAUCUAUGUUAUGCUUAUUGACUCAAUUCACAACUGCUAUGGCAGUUGAAGCUGCUCGUGGUACAGAUGGUUCGUUUGCCGCUUUCAUUCAUCAAGUCUGUCGUCCACAUGCUGGUCAAGUGGAAUGCGCUGCUACUAUUCAAUCCAUGUUGGAAGGCAGUAAAUUGGCAAGCCAUUGGCGUGAAGAGACGCAUGUCCACAUGUCUGAAGAUGAAGGAAGUUUACGUCAAGAUCGUUAUCCUUUACGUACAGCUGCACAAUGGAUCGGCCCACAAAUUGAAGAAUUACAACAUAGCUGGAAGACGAUCGAACGUGAAAUGAACAGCACAACUGAUAAUCCACUCAUCGAAGUUCACGAAGACGGCGUCAAUUCAACAAUCCAUCACGGUGGUAAUUUCCAAGCAAUGGCAAUCAGCAACACAAUGGAACGUACUCGUUUGGCUUUGGCUCAUUUUGGUAAAUUGACAUUCCAACAAAUGACUGAACUUAUCAAUCCUGCUAUGAGUCGUGGCUUGCCUGCCAAUUUGGCCGCUACUGAUCCUUCGUUGAACUUUAUGGCAAAGGGAAUUGAUAUUGCUUUGGCUGCUGCUACUGCUGAAUUAGGCUAUUUGGCCAACCCGGUCACCAGUCAUGUUCAAUCAGCCGAGAUGGGUAAUCAAGCUGUGAACAGUAUGGCAUUGGUUUCAACACGUUAUACGAUUGAGGCUGUGGAGACUUUGAGUCAUUUGAUGGCAUGGUCUUUAUACCUUCUUUGUCAAGCUUUGGAUUUGCGUGCUCUUCAACUUAAACUUGCUAUCAAACUUGAAAGUGAGAUCGAAAAGAGUAUCAAUAAAUAUUUCUCAACUUGGAUCGAUGCCGUCAAUCAAAAACAAUUGGCACGUCAAGUAUUUGUCCGUUUGAACAAACGAAUGGACGAAACGAGUGCUCGUGAUUUGCAUUCUCGUUUGACCGAUGCAUACAUGUUUGCAGGAGGUGUUUUGGUACAUUACUUUAGCUCUUUGCCGAGCGGAGGUGGUGCUGAUCCAUUGAGAACGAUCAUGGCUUGGCGUGAUUAUUCUGCCAAUGAGACAUGGACGCUUUAUCGUAAUAUGACACAACAAUUUUUGGAUGAUCCAAAAGGAUGUCAUGCAUCGCCAUUAUUGGGCAAGACAUCCAAAUUGUACGAAUUCAUUCGUCGUACCCUUGGUGUUCCAAUGCAUGGAAAGGAGAACAUGUUGGAAUUCGCAGGUGAAGAAGGUAAAUUGACGGAUACGAUUGGAUCAUACGUUAGUGUGAUUUAUCAUAGUUUACGAAACGGUGAUUUAUACUCUGUCUUGAUCGAUACCGCAAAGGAUGUUCAAGCAUCACGUACACCUGUCAUUGAGUCUUUAUUGAAUCGCAUCCAAACACCAAUUGCACAUUUGUAGACACACAGCAUCCAAUCUUGUAUACAAUUAAUGAAUCAUGGUUAUGAGAACGAAUGAAUGUCUUGCACGUGGCAAUAGAAUAGAAUAUUCAUAUUCAUAUUACGUCAUGCUAAUGCCACAAUGUGAAUACGUGGAAUAUGACCCUGAAUAGGAUGCAUGAUGGUGAAAAUGAAUGAAAGUGAAUGCACGCACCUGUUGUAUUGGCAAAAAUGACACGCUAGAUGUUUGUGUACAGGCAGAC